AUGGUUAUUCUAUCUGAACUUUCAGAAGGAUCUUCAUCUUCAUCAUCAACUCAGGGUUAUAGUUCAUCAGCUCCUGCCCAAAGUUCACCAAUUCAUGAUCAUAGAUAUGAUGUAUUUUUAAGUUUUAGAGGUGUUGACACGCGCCAUAGUUUCACUAAUCACCUUUAUAAGGCCCUCAUUGAAGCCAAUAUCAGUACCUUCUUGGAUGAUGAAGAGAUUGAAACAGGGGAAGAUCUGAGACCGGAAUUAGAGAGUGCAAUUAAGGCAUCUCGGGCUUCUAUUAUUGUAUUGUCUAAGAAUUAUGCUACUUCAACAUGGUGCCUUGAUGAAUUGGUGCUGAUCCUUGAGCAGCGUAUGACAUCCAACCAUAUUGUCAUCCCCAUCUUUUAUCAUGUUGAGCCCACACAUGUCAGGAAGCAACAAAGUACCUUUGGAGAGGCAAUGGCUAAGCAUAAACAAAUGAUGGAGGCAGAGACAAAUGCAAAUAAAAGAAGUUUAUGGGCUCAAAAGAUGGACCGAUGGCAUAAAGCCCUUAUCGAAGUUGCCAAUUUAAAAGGAAAUGACGUAAAUGGAAGGAUAGAGACUGAGUUUAUUGAAGAAAUUGUGAAGAGCAUCCACCGUAGAUUACAUGUAACCUUAUGGACUACUCAGCCGCUACUUAUUGGGAUGGGAUAUUCUAUUAACUUCGUGACUUCAUGGUUGAAAGAUGGAUCCUCACAUACGGCAGACAUACUCACUAUUUCGGGUAUUGGCGGGAUCGGGAAGACAUCUUUAGCAAAACAUGUCUAUAGGCUAUGUUGGCAUGAAUUCGACAGAAGCAGCUAUAUUGAAGAUAUCAGUAGGAAAUGUGAUAGAAAGUAUAAUGGAUUGCUUGAUUUACAAGAACAACUCUGCAGUGACAUUUCAAAAACAAGUUCAAUUAAAGUUCAUGAUGUUUCAGUAUACACCUCAAGGAUUGAGAAUGAAUUAGCUCGUAAAAGGGUAUUUUUAGUACUUGAUGAUGUUAGUACUCUUCAUCAGUUGGAUGCAUUACUUGGAAGCAAAGGUUUUCACCCGGGGAGCAAAGUCAUUAUAACAACAAAGGAUGCAUGGUUGACGCAGAGUUGUGCACUAUUCAAAACAUACAUUAAACCCAAGUAUGAAAGUCUUGUGCUUCGAGGCUUAGAUGAGAUUGAUUCACAACAACUUUUGUGUUACCAUGCAUUCGUGUGCAAUCAUCCCAAGGUGGGUUAUGAAGAGGUGUCAGAUAAGCUUGUGAAGUAUUGCCAAGGGCAUCCAUUGGCUCUUGAAGUUUUGGGCAAGUCUCUACAUAAUCGAGAUGUAGCUUACUGGGAAGGGUGCAUAGAAGUGCUUAAGAAAGAAACAAAUUCUCAUAUAAAUAAUGUCUUAAAAAUGAGCUUUGAUUCUUUACCAUCCGAAAAUGAUAAGGAAUUGUUUAAGCAUAUUGCUUGUUUUUUUGUUGGAAUAGGUAGAGAUGUUACUAAAACAAUAUUAGAGGCAUGUGAUAUAAACACAAGAUCCGGGAUCACAAAUCUCACUGACAGAUGCCUUCUUAGUAUUGGAUGGAAGAACGAAUUGAAGAUGCACCAGCUGGUUCAAGAGAUGGGAAGAUUCGAAGUACGUCGAGAAUCACUUAACAAGCCAUGGAAGCGAAGUCGAUUAUGGUGUCAUAAAGAGUCAUUCAGAGUGUUAAAACAAAAAAAGGGAAAGGGAAAUAUUAUAGGCCUUGCCCUUGACAUGCGUAUGCUUGAGAAAGAGAAGUUGGGUGGAUCAAUUGAGCUGAAAACAGAUGCAUUGAGUAGCAUGGAUAGUCUGAUGCUGUUACAACUCAAUUAUGUGCACAUGAAUGGGUCUUAUGAGAACUUUCCGAAGGAAUUAAGAGGCUUGUGUAUGCAUGGGUUUCAUUUGAAGUCUAUACCUUCAGACUUGCCUAUGGAGAAUCUUGUUGCUCUUGAUAUGUCAUAUAGCAAUAUUGAAUCAUUUUUCAAUUGUUAUAGUAAUCCAGACCGACUUGAGAAGAGGCAAAAGUUGGAUGGGUCAUGCUUAAAAGAUAAAAUGUUGCUUGGAUCAUUGAAGAUUCUUAAUUUAAGUUUUUGUACACAACUUCGUAUUCUUGGUGACUUUGACCAACUCCCUGCACUUGAGAGAUUAAUACUUAGAAAUUGCAUUGCUUUGGUUGAGAUUAGUGAAUCAAUUGAGCAAUGUGUUGGACUUUUCUUCAUCGAUAUGAGCUAUUGCAAGAAGCUUGAGAAACUUCCAAGAAACAUAAGCAUGUUGAAGAAUGUUAAAACAGUAAUGCUAGAUGGUUGUAAUCUCAGUGAUUCUCGAAUCGAGAAUAGGGAUGUGGAUUCAAUGGAAUUGUGCAAGGCUAACAACAUUGGAAUCAACAUAAGAACCUCUUCCUCCGCCUUUGUGGGUGGUAUACCAAGUGAUUUGAAGUUGUUUUCAGUUUCUUUACCGAGGUCUUUAGUAAGUUUGUCACUUGCAAAUAAUAAUUUGUCCACUGAAUCCUUUCCCAUGGACUUUAGUAGCCUAAUCAUGUUAAGGCAUUUAUAUUUAGAUGACAAUCCUAUCGAUUCCAUGCCCAGUUGUGUGAGAACCCUUCCUAUGCUUCAGAUACUUAGUAUGGAAGACUGUAAAAAAUUGAAGUCAAUCGAGCAUCCUCCACAUACACUUAGAGCGUUGUACCUCUUUUCAGAUCAUAAGUCUUACGUAGAAAAAAUUGCAUUUGAUCCAGAAAUGUCGCCACUUGAUGUAUUUCUUUUUUUGGAGAGUUCGGAUGAAACUGAAAUUGAAGGCAUGUUUAAAAUCCUACCAAUGGUCGCUAUUGAGGAAAAGGUAUUACAUAGCUUGGGCUGGACUAAUUUAGACUUCCUUAACGAUAGGAGUGUGGGAACUAAUUCUUCGGAAUCUGAAAUUCAGAUGAUGUUUUACGAAUUUGGAAUAUUCAGCACAUUGUAUGUGGCGGGGGAGAUGCCGAGUUGGUUUAGGCAUAGAAGUGCUGGGCCAUCAAUAUCAUUUACCAUCCCAUCAUCAUCAUCUUCAUCUCCAAGCAACCGUCUUAUAGGACUCAACUUCUGCUCUCUGCAUACAUUGAAAUCUCCUGAUGAGAGGUUUCUCUUUCCAUAUGAUGAUCAUUUCCCUCCAUCGCCAAUGAUGACAAUUAGUAACAUAACAAAGAACCGCAUGUGGAUAUACGAACGUCACAGGGACAGAAAAACUGAAGGUCAAUGGGUGUUGUUAAGUCAUUGGAUGUUUGGGAUGAAUGAGAUGGAGGCUCGUGACCUCAUUACUAUUACUGUUACACUGCCGUAUGAUGAAGUUAUAAAGGAGUGUGGGGUGAGUCUUAUGUAUGAUGAUGGAGAGAAGAAGGAUGAAGAUGCGUUGGGUUAUUACAAGUCAUGGAAUCACAUAAUUGGUGGAGAUCUCUCCCCUUUUCAAACAACAACAGGACAAUACAUAUUAAGCAAAAGCCGAUUUUUUCGGCCUGCCAUUAAAUUGUCUCCCUAUCAUCGUAAAUUCAUUGCAGACGGUCCCAAUUAUCAAGCACAAAAGGAAGACUGUUGGUUCAGAGCUUUUUCUCAAAGAAAUCCGGGCACAAUUGGUCAAUAGGAAGAUGUUGGCUUGUCUAUUGGGAGUCCUCAUCAGAUGAUGACCAGAUCUCUACUUCAGGUUAAGAAUGCAGAAAUUGAUUCAAGAGUUUGGAAGAGAUAUUGAUCAAUACUCUAAGAAGCCAUGGAAACCAGUCAUUAAGUCUGUUGAGUCAAGAAAAUGGUAAGAGGGAAUCUUCAAGGUCUCGUCCUUCACAUGAAAAUGCUUGAGAAAGAGAGCCUACAGUACAUAGGUGUCUGAAUUCAAAAUAGAUGCAUCUGGUUGGGCAACCAAAUGCUACUGCAACUCAAUCUCUUGAAACUCAGUGAGUUAUAUCUU